AUGCGAUCAACAGGCGCCACCCCCUCCCGCAGCGAACAGUAUCUCGCCGCUUCCGAGCGCUUCUCAUCGGAGGCGGGACGCCGUAACGCACUUGUCGAAAAGCACUCCGACAUGGAUGGUGGUAGCCCACCGCUCGAUCCCGUACAAGGUCAAACUGAAGCCAUUGAAACUAUCAAUGAGCUGAACCUGCCCGAACCUUACAAAUGCUCUCCCCUCAAACGACCCUCCAGCCUGCGAAGUCUGCCAGCCCUUCAAUCCUGUCAUCCAGACAUGGGCAUAAAGACAGCGCUCAUCGCAAGGCCUUCACGCGAAAAAUCCGUCGCUAUGUGGCGAUUUAGACGGUCUAGAACUAGACGAUUCUUCCAUCCCUAUGCUAAGGUGGGUGAUCUUUGUUUGGUCUUUUCUGGUACAUGUCAUCUAAACAUCGAUUUAUUGCUGUAA